CGCCUUUUCCCUCCGGCUCGGGAGCGUCUCGCUUGCGCCCCGGGCCCGCGGCGCCCGCGCGGCUGCAAGCCUCGGGUGGCCGCGUGCCGGCUCCAGGAAGCCGGAGAGGGCGCGGCGGCCGGGAUGGCGCGGCACGAGCCGUGCGGCUAGACGGGAGCCGAGGGAACCGCCGGCUCGCGCCCUCCGUUCUUUCCCGGAGCCGGCUUCGCGCAGGGCCGGGAGCGGCCGUGCAGCUGGGAUCCGCCUUCGCUGACGCUGGGCACCUACCUGGACGCUCGCGAGCGAGAUGCCCAACCCCAAAAACAGCAAAGGCGGCCGCAAAAACAAGCGCGCCAACAGCAGCGGCGACGAGCAGGAAAAUGGAGCCGGGGCCCUGGCAGCGGCGGGCGCGGCGGGAGCGGCGGCCGGGGGGGCCCUGGCGGCGGCGGCCGGCUGCGGGGCGGCGGCGGCGGGCGCGCCGGGCGCCGGAGGCGCGGCGGGCGCCGGAGGCGCGGGGACUGGCGCCGCGAACGCCGCGGCCGCCGCGGGGGCUGCGGCCGCAGGCGAUGCCAAAAACGAAGCCCCAUGUGCCACUCCCCUGAUCUGCAGCUUCGGGAGGCCGGUGGACCUGGAGAAGGACGACUACCAGAAGGUGGUGUGCAACAACGAGCACUGCCCCUGCAGCACCUGGAUGCACCUGCAGUGCUUCUACGAAUGGGAGAGCAGCAUCCUCGUCCAGUUCAACUGCAUCGGCCGCGCGCGCAGCUGGAACGAGAAGCAAUGCCGCCAGAACAUGUGGACAAAGAAGGGCUAUGACCUGGCCUUCCGCUUCUGCUCCUGCCGCUGUGGCCAGGGCCACUUGAAGAAGGACACAGACUGGUAUCAGGUGAAGCGGAUGCAGGACGAGAAAAAGAAGAAGUCUGGCUCUGAGAAGAACACAGGGAGGCCUCCUGGUGAGGCGGCGGAGGAGGCAAAAAAGUGCAGGCCCCCAAAUAAGCCCCAGAAAGGCCCGAGCCACGACCUCCCCCGCCGACAUUCCAUGGACCGGCAGAACUCCCAGGAGAAGGCAGUGGGUGCCACAGCCUACGGUGCCCGUUCCCCCGGCGGCUCCCCAGGCCAGUCCCCACCCACGGGCUACUCCAUCCUCUCUCCUGCCCACUUUAGCGGGCCCCGCUCCUCCAGGUACCUCGGGGAGUUCUUAAAGAACGCCAUCCAUCUGGAGCCUCACAAGAAGGCCAUGGCUGGGGGCCAUGUGUUCAGAAAUGCCCACUUUGAUUACAGCCCUGCGGGGUUGUCAGUUCACAGGGGGGGACACUUCGACACCCCCGUGCAGUUCCUUCGGCGGCUGGACCUCUCCGAGCUCCUCACUCACAUCCCCAGGCACAAGCUGAACACUUUCCACGUGCGCAUGGAAGACGAUGCCCAAGUGGGCCAGGGGGAGGACUUGCGGAAGUUCAUUCUGGCCGCACUCAGUGCCAGCCACAGAAACGUGGUAAACUGUGCCCUGUGCCACCGGGCGCUCCCGGUGUUCGAACAGUUCCCACUGGUGGAUGGAACUCUGUUCCUAAGCCCGUCGAGACAUGAUGAGAUCGAAUAUGAUGUUCCUUGUCACCUUCAAGGGAGACUCAUGCACCUGUAUGCGGUGUGUGUGGACUGCCUGGAAGGGGUUCACAAGAUCAUCUGCAUCAAGUGUAAGUCACGGUGGGAUGGCAGCUGGCACCAGCUGGGCACUAUGUACACCUACGACAUCCUGGCUGCCUCUCCAUGUUGUCAGGCCCGCCUGAACUGUAAGCACUGUGGGAAGCCGGUGAUCGACGUGAGGAUCGGGAUGCAGUACUUCUCCGAAUAUAGCAACGUCCAGCAGUGUCCACACUGUGGGAACCUGGACUACCACUUCGUGAAGCCAUUUUCCUCCUUCAAAGUUCUUGAAGCUUAUUGAUGAAAGCUUUGCUUUAGUAAUAGCUAUUUUAUUGAUAUUAUUACUUUAUUACAUAUCUUUUAUAGGGAAACAUUCUGUGACAUUAAUUUCUUUUCUAAUUUAAAGGAGAGUUACUUUGUUGUAUGUGUGCCACUAAAAUAGGGGCUGCCCUUGCCCUGUCUUGAUCCCGAGUGUUAGUCUGUGGUUUUGACCAGAGCCCAGAUGGGUAAUCCUGUGCAUUUGGGUCGGGGUUCACUCUUACCAAGAAUCUUUGAUGCAGCUUUAAGUUGGUGGGGAGGAUGGGGUGAAUUUAGGAAAGGAAUUUGUGGUUAUAAACUAAGAGCUUGAUAGGAGUUGGAAGGAAACUCUUACUAAAAUGUUAACUUUCUGGAAACCUUCUUUUAGAUCUUCCUUGGGCCUUUGGAAAAAUAUGUGACAAGUGAAUGUAAGUCUGUGCCUGGAGAGCUAAUAGUGCAUUAGUCUAUCUCACCCUAGUGUUCUGCAGCACACGUGGGCAGGCAGUUUACUCACACGGACAGGUGACCUGAAAGUGGCACAAGUGCUGUUUCUAUCGCUAUUGUAAUUUGCCAGUUCGUUUUUCAUGCUGAAAAUAAUAUCCAAAUUAUAAGACAUAUGAAAGAUAUUAGUGUUGCAAAUAUGUUUAGGUAAACUGACCUAUAACAGAAUAUGUGAAAUGAAUUUGGAAAUAAUGCAAGAAGGCAGAACUCAAUCAUUUGAAUUGUGUUUUUGUAGUUGGUAAUAUAGCUCUUAAGGAGAACCCAUGAAUAACAUGAUUUGGGCAGUGAUGAUUUAUUGCAGGUUGCACUGUUGAAGUGUCAUUUGGUGUCAGAUUCUUCUCACAGGUAAAUCUCUCGGCCACAGAAUCUAACUGGUGAGCUUCAGAACCAAUAAUUGCCACACUUAUUGUCCUCAAAAUUGCUUAUGGCCAUGUUUAACCCAUUUAAUUCUGAGUUUCCAAAAUCAAAGAUUUGACCUUAAGAGGGAAGGGAAAAGUGUGAAAGGAUGAUGAAGAAAAUAAUUUUACUAUUUCUUUUAAAAGUAUGUUUUGGAAAAUCAGUGAUUGUAAUGCAUAGCAGUAUGUUUGAAAAAUAGACCAUUCUAAAAAGCCCAUGAUACCUUACUGUUGAUGAAAAAAGAUGAUCAUAUAUAUAGAACUUGAUUAGUCAGAGCAUUGGGCAUUCCAAAAUACAGCCUUUGGUUCAGUAGAUUUUAAUGCUUUAAAUAGACUGACGUCCCAUACCCUUAUAGAAUUGGAAUAUGAUUUCUCAGAAAUUAAUUUGAUAAUUUCAUGUAUGAUGUGCAUGUAUGCUAAAAGAAUGCUGAAAAUCAUUUUAUGAAUAGCCAAAUUUGGGGUUGAUGUGAACAUUUUAUAUUAUUCAUUUUGUUUAUGCUUUUUUUUUACUGUGUGGUGUUUCUUUUCAGAAGUAUUUAGGCAAUAUUGCAAGUGAGUUUCAGUUUUUUUUUUUUUUUUUUUGAGACGGAGUCUCACUCUGUCACCCAGGCUGGAGUGCGGUGGUGCGAUCUCAGCUCACUGCA